AUAAUAGUCAUAAUGAAAGAAGUAGAGAAUCAAAUGCUAGAACAUGGUGAAAAACUAAAUCGUAUACAGCAGAUUGUAGAACAAGUUUGUAAGAAGCAAAGAGAGUCUGGUGAACAGCAUCACAACAUAAAUGGAGAGAGAGAAGAAAAUCUCUAUAACGCCACAGAUGCUACGUAUAGCUGUAAAAGAGUUACAAAAACGUCAAUUAUUUGUUAAAUCAAAGAAUUUAAAAGAUUUUAUACGAAGACAUUAUCCGGUUGAAAGAGACUUCAAAGCUUUUGAGCAAGAAUUACAGGAAAAAUUGAAAUAUGCCGUUUAUGUCGGUCUCCUCGCAAAAUACGGUGACGACCAAUAUUGUAUACCAACUUUACGAGAAGAGGGUAACGCAGCUAAAACAGCAAUCAGCGCAUUCUGGGAAAUGUAUAAAAAUAACAAUCGAUUGCAUAACGCGAGAAAAAAGAAAAAGGCUGAUAUUAAGCGAUCAAUGUCGCGCCAGAAACAAAAGGAUUAUGCGAGUUCUAAUACUAAUGAAACCGAUAGCAGUGAGGAUUUAUAAAUUUUGUUAUAAUUGUAAAACGCGUAAAAAUUAAACGUUGAUGUUAAAUCAUUUUAUAC